GCCGGGUCCGGACGGCGGACGCUGAUACCUAUACUCGGAGCUGACCUCUCUCCCACUCUAUCACCUCUCUCUCUCUCUCUCUCUGAGCUCAGAAAUGGUAGCAUCAGCUUUCUCGGCGCCUCUGAGCUUCUCAUUCGCUUCGCUCCCUUCCGUUUCCGUCAGAAAACCGACGAGGUCCACCGUCUUUGCGACCUUGCGGACUCCGUACGGCGAUGCUGCCGGUUUAUCUAGUGGUUCAUCUCUAAAGCUUGACCGCAAGUAUGUUGGUGAUACUAGUACAAGUUACGGUGCAAUAGAAGCCAAAAAGGGGAAUCCGCCAAUUCUGCCAGCAGUUAUGACCCCAGGAGGACCUUUAGACCUCUCUUCUGUGCUAUUCAGAAAUCGUAUAAUCUUCAUUGGGCAGCCUGUCAACUCCUUGGUGGCUCAACGAGUCAUAUCCCAGCUUGUCACUCUGGCUACUAUUGAUGAGGAAGCGGAUAUUCUGGUUUAUUUGAACUGCCCUGGUGGGAGUACAUACUCUGUGCUGGCAAUUUAUGACUGCAUGUCUUGGAUCAAACCUAAGGUUGGUGUCGUAUGUUUUGGAGUAGCUGCAAGCCAAGGAGCACUUCUUCUUGCUGGAGGAGAAAAGGGAAUGCGCUACGCAAUGCCAAAUGCACGAAUUAUGAUACACCAACCUCAAAGUGGAUGUGGGGGUCACGUAGAAGAUGUGAGGCGCCAAGUUAAUGAAGCAGUUCAAACUCGCCAUAAAGUUGACAAAAUGUAUGUCGCUUUCACCGGCCAAUCUCUAGAGACGGUGCAGCAAUACACCGAGAGGGAUCGUUUUUUAUCUGUUUCUGAGGCUUUGGAGUUUGGACUAAUUGAUGGUGUGCUGGAAACAGAAUACUGAAUCAAAAGAUUUUAGCAUUUGUCCUGAAAAAGAAAUCGAUUUUUGUUGUUGUCGUAUUUGCAAAUCAAUAAUACAGUGCAAUUCAUUAUCACAUAAUUUUGAAUGCAUUCUGUGAAGUAACAGAGCAUGUACAGCCUGACACGAUCAUUCCAAGUAGAGCACCUGAUGGCUGUACAUGACUGAAGCAGAUAACAUGAAUGGACUACUAGAUUAGACUGUAAUUGGAUUUAAUCUUGUUCAA